AUGAUUUACUUCCAAGCUGGUCGCGAAGCUGAAAGCAAUAUUAGCAAGGACUCCAAACUCAUGGCGUUUUUCAAGCUUUGCAACGAAGAAGAGGACGCCCGUCAGUAUUUAUACCACGAAAUUCCCGAACACUACGUAUGGUCUAAAGGCAAAUGGUGCAUAAGGGCGAGAAACAGACCAAAGUCAUACACGGAAAUACGUACGGUAAAUGAUGUAGUCUAUGAUAGCUUUCAAGCAGCUGCGGAAAAAUUGCAUUUAGUAGGUAACAAUGCUGAGUGGAAAGAAUGUUUGCAGGAAGCUGUAACUUACCAAAUGCCAACUCAGUUGAGAUGGCUUUUUGCAAUUAUUUGCGUUUUCUGUUCACCAACCAACAUUUUGGAGCUUUGGCAUAUAUUUCGUGAUGCAUUAUCAGAGGAUUACCAAAAACAACACCAGCGCGACGAGUCCUACAAUCGUGCUUUACUAGAUUUAGAAAACAUUUUUAAAAUGCAUGGCAGAACGUGUCAACACUUUUGCUUACCUCAACCAACUAUAGUUGACCAGCCUAACAUACUCUACAACGUUGAACAAGAACGUCAACAUGGACAAGAAGCUUUUAGCAAACUGAAUCAAGAACAAACGUUAAUAGUGGAAGAAGUCUUGAGUUCGGUUAGAAAUGAAUCUCCAAACUGCUAUUUCAUUGACGGACCAGGUGGUUCAGGAAAAACAUUUAUUUACACUACGCUAUGUCACAUCCUACGAGGGGAAAAUAAGGUGGUUUUACCAGUUGCAUGGACAGGCAUUGCUGCGAAUCUGUUACCUGGGGGACGAACUUCACAUGCUCUUUUUAAGCUACCUGUACCUAUUUUAGAUACUUCAGUGUCAUCUAUGCGGCCCAACUCAAAAGAAGCACAGCUUUUACGGAAAACAGAUUUAUUUAUUUGGGACGAAGUAUCUAUGGUACCUAAGGAUGCAAUAACCAUUGUUGAUAUCAAAGAUAUAACAAAUGUGAAUUUGCCAUUUGGAGGAAAAAUAUUUGUAUUUGGAGGUGAUUUUAGACAAGUUCUUCCAGUUGUUAGACAUGCCACCAGAACUUCAAUUAUUGAAAAUUGCAUUAAACGCUCACCGUUGUGGUCAAAGGUAAAAAUUCGUAGAUUAGUUCAAAAUAUGCGAGCCAAUAAUGAUCCUGAGUUUAAAAACUGGCUACUCAAACUGGGAAAUGGUGACUUAGAAAUCCAACAUGAAAUAUCCGAAGAUACUAUUAAAAUUCCACGACAAUACUACGCUGAUUAUGAUAACCUAAUUGCUAAGGUUUACGGCACAAAUGAAAUAAAUGACAGUAACAUAUCUAAGUUUUACUCAACAGCUAUUUUAUGUCCAAAAAAUGACGAAUGCUCGACUUUUAAUGAGUAUAUAGUAUCAAAGUUAUUGCCCGGGGAUAUUAAAAUUUAUCUAAGUUGCGAUACAGUCGAAAAAAAUGAAAGAUAUGAUGCUCAGUGUUAUCCAACUGAGUUUCUUAAUUCUCUAAAUCCUUCCGGCUUACCUCCACAUAAACUAAUUUUGAAGAAAAAUACAAUCGUUAUGUUGAUUCGUAAUCUUAAUGCCAAAGAAGGACUUAUAAAUGGUGCCAGGAUGGUCGUCAGCCAUUUAGGCGAGAACGCAAUAACUGUCAAAUUAAUCGAUUCGGGAAAAAUAGCUAUCAUACCGCGAGUUAAACUAACUCCUUCAGAUCCAACUGUACCCUUCCAGAUGACUAGAAAACAGUUUCCUUUAAAAGUCGCUUUCGCUAUGACUAUAAACAAAGCCCAAGGUCAAACAUUCGAUAAAGCCGGUUUAUAUUUACCCAGCCCAAAAUUCGACAUACUUAUGUAA